AUGUUAUUGAAGCAUAUAUUAUUAACUACAUUCUUAGCAUCUUUUGUAGUUUCAGAAGCAACUACGAUAACUACUUCUGGAACAUUCAGACUCCAUACUACUGAUGCUUUGGAGAGUACCACCGGGGAAGACCAACCAACAACCAUCACCAUAUUAAGAGAUCCCCAAGAAACCCAUUCACAAGAAGAAGAUCAUGACCAUGAGGAUCACGAUCAUGAGGAAGAAGAGGACCAUGACCAUGAUCACGAGGAAGAAGAAGAGGGCCACGACCACAACCAUGAAGAAUUUUCAGUUACCGGGUGUCAUUUCCAUGACAAAGUUCAAUACUGUCUUGAUCCCGAUGGAGUAGAAGGACAAAUGGUCCCUGCUCCAACCGAUGAAAAAACUGCACCAACAAGUUAUUCAGGUUGUCAUGCUCAUGGUGAAGAGAUUUUCUGUAUAAACGAUGGUCAAGAAGUACAAUUCGUAACUGCAGGAACUACAACCGCAGAUACAACAAGCUCCUGUGGUAGGAAUUGUCAUUUUCAUGCUGGUGUUGAACAUUGUGUGGACGAUGAUGAAACAACAGGACUGUGUGAAAGGGUGGAUAGAGACUAUAAUAUCAAAUUAAGAAUUGGAUUGUUGUUUGUGGUUUUGGUAACUAGUGCAUUGGGUGUCUUUGGACCAAUGUUCUUAAAGUCAUUAUUUAACUUAUCAAUGGAAGGUAUUAUAAUUCUUAUGAUUAAACAAUUCGGUACUGGUGUUAUUAUAUCAACUGCGCUUGUUCAUCUUAUGACUCAUGCUGCAUUAAUGUGGAGCAAUUCUUGUCUUACACUCCAUUAUGAAGCUACUGGUACUGCACUUACCAUGGCGGGUUUAUUCGUUGCUUUUAUUGUUGAAUAUGUUGCCCAUCGUUUAUUAAUCGCUAGAGCAAACAAGCAAAAACAAAUCCAACCUGAAGAACCAACCAAAGACGAUACAAUUGCUGAUUUUACUUCUAUAAGCAGUGCUGAUCAAAGUUUGAUCUCUAUCCAUGGAAUUUCUUCCAAAGGUAAACUUUCUGUCAUGAUUAUGGAAUGUGGUAUCGUCUUCCAUUCGAUCUUGAUCGGGGUUGUAUUGGUGGUAGCUGGUGAUUCUUAUUUCAUUACCUUAUUCAUUGUGAUUGUUUUCCACCAAUUCUUCGAAGGAUUAGCACUUGGAUCCAGAAUCACUGAGAUGAAAAACACAUCCACAUUGACAAGAUUAAUCAUGGGAGCAAUUUUCGCAUUAAUCACCCCAAUUGGAAUGGCGAUCGGUAUUGGUACUUUGCAUACAUUCAAUGGAAACGAUCCUUCAACUUUGAUUGCAUUGGGAACUCUUGAUUCAUUCUCAGCUGGGGUCUUAUUAUGGACUGGGUUAAUUGAAAUGUGGUCACAAGAUUGGAUGCAUGGAUAUUUGUCCAAUGCUCCUAUUAUAAAGACUUUGCUUGCUAUGGCUUCUCUUAUGGGUGGUAUGAUAUUAAUGAGUGUUUUGGGUAAGUGGGCUUAA